GGCCGCGCCUGCGCGCUGGGCAGAGGGCCAUGGCCUGCCACCGGGGCCGGGCCGAGCGCUGCGAGUACCGGGUGUCGGAGCCGCGGCUGCACCCGCACGGCUUCACCGAGUACCGGGUGACGGCGCGGAUCAUUUCAAAGAAGACAGCAGAAGUCAAAGAGGUGACGGUGUUCAAGCGCUACAGCGACUUCAAAAAGCUGCACAGUGAGCUGUCCUACAUCCACAGGAAUCUGUUCCGGAAGCUGGAGGAGUUCCCUCCCUUUCCGAAGGCCCAGGUGUUCGGGCGCUUUGACGCCGCGGUCAUCGAAGAUCGUCGCCGAUGCGCCGAGGAGCUGCUGCAGUUCACGGUCGACAUCCCGGCCCUCUCUAACAGCCCGCAGCUGAGGGACUUCUUCAAGGGCGGGGAGGCCUGUUGGCCGCUGGAACUCUCCACUCUGAAGGAAGCCUCAGCCCUUCCGGAGCCGCUGAUCCCCCUGCCGACCGGACUUGGCAGAUUGCCGGAAUCUGGGAUGAGGACGGAAGCCCUGGCAACGGUGGAGGUGGAUGGAGGUGAGCCGGACGCUGGGUGGGCGGAGGAGGAUGAUGCCCAUUCCCUGACUGACGUUGGGAAGGAGGCAGACGGUGAUGAGGGGCCGCUGCAGGACGGGUCCUCCCUGCCUGACAGUGAACUGGCACUCUUUGACCCAUGUGCCAAGGAAGAGGCCGCACCGGCCUGCGCUCGGCAGAGUAACCUGGAGGCGCUCUCAGUCCCCAGCGGCCGGGCGGAGGAGCCCACUGACCCUGAGGACCUGGAGGCCAGACUGCUCACCCUGAGGGUGUCGUCGCCGGACAGCGAGCACCCGCUGGGGACGGACGAGCUGGAGGGGACCGACUACCUGAGCGCGGCUGCGGCCUGCAUCAAACAGGCUCUGGAGCGGGAAGCGGCCCAGGAGUAUGAAGCGGCCUUGAACUGUUACCGCAGUGGGGUGGCCAUUCUGCUGAAGGGCCUCCAGGGUGAGCCAAGUGCAGAGAGGCAAGAUGCUAUUAAAAAGAGGGUGGCUGAGUAUCUGAACCACGCAGAGGCCAUCUUCACUGUACACCUCGAGGACAUGGUAGCGAAAGAUGCCACGCCUCCUUCGUGACUGCAGAGUGUGCCCUGACCAAUCGCCAGGACCAAAGACCGUGCCCUGCUCCCUCGGGGGCUUCCAGGACACCCCUCUCGGAGCCUUAUCGGGACGUUCACUCCAUGUGCCUGAACAAAGAUACGAGUGACAGUUUUAUCCAAAGUCUUCCAGAACUCUGACCUUGCUAACUGACUGUCCCUGUCCUAACACACUGCUGUUGGUCGAUAGAGUGGAGAAUCGCGGCAAGAGAAUGCU